AUGGACAACCACCUCACCUACGCCUGCAACAACUGCCUCACCGAGCGCGCCGUCGUCUUCUGCCCAUCCGACGGCGCCAGGCUGUGCCUCGAGUGCGACGGCGCAGUGCACGGCGCCAGCGCGCUGGCCGGCCUCCACGCGCGCGCGCCGCUCUGCGACGCGUGCGGCGCCGCGCCCUCCUCGAUCCGCUGCGGCCAGGCCACGCUUUGCGCGGAAUGCGCGGAUCGCCGAGGGCCGCCAGAGGGAACGUACGCCAGGUCGGCCAUCGAGGAGUACACGGGGUGCCCCACGCCGGCGGAGAUCCUCCGCAUCCUCUCCGUCGAGGCGCCGUCGUCGCAGGAGGACUUCGACCAGUGGCUCGCCGACAAGCUGCCCCAGAUCCUGGAAGAGGUUCAAUUAACCACUUUGCUUUGUUUAAUUUCUUGGCAGCAGCAGCAGCCACCGUCGAUCUGCCACUUUUUCUCAUCAUCAUAUUCAUCUUAUAAUACAACAUCAUCAUCAUGCCAGCCAGUAAUGACAUCGGCUACUCUUCUGCAAUCUAUGGGCAACGAUCAUCAUCAGUCCCUGCUUCUCGACGGCUUCCCUAAUUUCUGUCCUAACUUGCCCUUAAUUGCGCCACCACCACCGACGGAGAACGGUGAUUUGCAUGACGGCAGCCAGCCACAGCAGAUGUUAGUUGCGGAUGAGAAGGCAGCAGCUCAUCAACAAGAUCCAAACAGCAUAUCCAAGAAGCGAGAGGAAAGGGACAGAGCCAAGCUCAGGUACAACGAAAAGAAGAAAAACAGAAAGUAA